ACAAGUGAAAAACAGUGAAACAAUUAAUUCUGACAAUAUCUAUGGAGAGAUAGAUUUGCUGUGUCUUUGUUUGUAGUGUAAUAUAAUCAAUUUAUUCAUUGUAGGCGUGCGAUUGUGAUUAAGCUUAUCGGCAAUAUUUGGUGGAGGUGUCAUGGCGGUGGCUUCCACACCGCGUCGACGCCGCAUUCGUCAACUUGAGCACUGUAAUCCGGCAGUGUUCGGCAACGUGUGUCUCACGCCCUAUCAAGACCUGCGUAACCUACACGAAUUGCACUUUGUCAAUGUCAAGAUGGCUGCAUCAUCGGACCUAACCUCAAUUGACUCGUUCAAAAAUCAAAAUAAAAAACGUUUUCAAUGGAAUAAUGGGCAAGCUAUACUUUUGAAGAGCAUCAAGCAUGGUUUUGAACCAGCCAAUUUCCAAAAUAACAGAAAACAAUUAAAUUUCCACGAUUGUAUGGAUUCCAUUCAAAUUGCAGAAAAUAACAGUGCAAACACUUAUGGAAAAGUAAACAAUUGUGAUGAAUGUAUGCAAAAUAGUGGUUAUGGACAUGAUAUUCGUGAAAAUGGCGAUGGUGCGUGUUCUUGCAGUGAUGAUGAAGACUACCAUCAAGAUUACACUAACGAUACUUAUUACAACCUGGAUUUUACUAUGUUAGAAAAGCGUAGAUGCUCCAUAUUGGUUGAUCAACUUUUACUAGAAAUUUACUCAACUUAUCAAGCUGGAAUAACCGAUUAUAAUUCUGGCACGUCAUGUAAGUCGGUGAAGUACGUGUGGAUGGAUCGUCAUCAACUUGCAUUCAAAGAAUUGCAAGAGUUAACGGUUGUUGUCGAUGUGCCAAAAGAAGUGGUACGCGCUGGAAAUCUACUUGUAAGGCGUUUGAAACGACGAGACGCUCUCAGCCGCCAGAGGGAAGCACGAUGUGAAGUUAUUACCUGCUUACUACGCAAAAUUCGCGAAAAUUCAACAAAAGGUGUUCCUGAAUUUUCCCCGGAAAUGCGUUUCUCAUUGCAGCCGCUCCCCGGCGACUCGGGUUUCUCACAGUGGCACUCGGCGAUGAAGAUGGUCUCGCAGCUGCCGGAGGGCAUUCCGGCGGAAUUCCGCCGCCAGCUGUGGCUUUCGCUCGCCGAUAAACACCUCCAUGCCAAAGGCGUAGACUGGCCGGCGGCAGAGCGCGACUGUUUCAGCGAGUGGUCGCAUCCCGCCGACGCCGAACUGGGCGUGCAAAUUGUUAAAGAUUUACAUCGCACCGGCUGCAGUCUCUUUUGUGGCAAGGACGGCAAAGAGAAUCAAGCGCUGCUCAAACGAGUACUGCUCGCCUAUGCUAGGUGGAAUAAAAAUGUUGGUUAUUGUCAAGGGUUUAAUAUGCUGGCGGCGCUCAUAUUACAAGUGACGGAGAAAUCGGAAGUUGAAGCUUUGAAGUUGAUGAUUUACCUCAUUGAAGGUGUACUGCCGGAUUCCUACUUUGCCGACAGUUUACGUGGACUGUCUGUCGACAUGGCCGUCUUCCGCGAAUUACUACGCACGAAACUACCGAAAUUAUCCAAACAUUUGGAUACACUCCAGGUGGCAUCGAAAGAAGGCACCACCAGCUACGAACCGCCAUUGACGAAUGUCUUCACCAUGCAAUGGUUUUUAACCCUCUUCUGUAAUUGUCUACCGCAACCAACUGUGCUACGCGUGUGGGAUCUCAUCCUCCUGGAAGGAAACGAAAUUUUACUGCGAACAUCUUUGGCGAUCUGGCAAGUGCUGGCUGAUAGAAUAAUGACAGCUAAAACCGCGGAUGAGUUUUACUGCGUCAUGGGCAUGUUAAUGCGAGAAAUUUUAGAAUUUGAUUUAAUUGAUGCCAAUACUUUGGUGAAGGGUAUUGUUUCGAUAGGUCCACUGACGGAACUCAGUGUACUGCGUGAACAUUAUUUAUACAAUAUAAAUCCAUGGGGAGCCACGCCCAUUAGUCGUAGUGAAGCGCCAUCUGAUGGCUCGCGUCGCAACAAAGUGUAUCACAAAGACAAACUGGUAUUAGACAUCGGUGUACUUAAAAAACAAUACACUAAACUGAAACAACGUCAGCGACAAGCGCAUGUUAUAUUUAACACAGCAGUUGCACGUCAAACAGCACGCCCUGCUCCUGUUGCCAUGAAUCAUCUUCUAUUGGGUAAAAGUGCUUUGGUUCCCGCGAAGAAAGGAAUGCGCCCAGGCCCACCUAAAGGAUCAGUGCCGCCACCUAGACAUGCUCAUAAUAAACAAACUAAUAAGGCGCAUCCACCCCAACAAAUUAAACCAGUGAAAAUUGCUGCUAUAGCUCCACCUAAAACUCUUCAUUGGAAAGAUGAAGGCGCCCGAAAAAGAUCUCCUUCAUCCUCGUCCUCAUCUUCGGAUACUGAACUGUGCGAUGAACCAGAAGAGUUUAACUCUGAUGAAGAAAAGGGCGAAGACAACAAAAAGAGUCAAUUGCCUGAAUUGCCUGAUGACAAUCUUACUACUUUAGCCAUGCCUACUGCUGUACUCACGCCUCUUAGUAAAACCACGUCUCUAAUUGAAGGUUUAGACCACGCCCAGCCGGACCUCACCAGUGAUAACAGUGAUAAACAACGUAGUGAUAUUGAUGUUGCCCUCUCCUCAGAAACUAUCGAUAAUUAUGAUCCAGUGUUGUCUGAAACAAGUGCCAGUGCUUUGCCCGUAAACGUGAUUCCGGAUUUAUUGGAUUUUGUUGAGCCGCCCAUUGAUACGUCUAUAGCCGCGCCUCUGUCUUUUAAUAUUGACGAAUUUCUCUCAGAAAACACCGAAAAUGAUAAUUCAAUUAUUGAAACUUAUGACAAAUUUGAUGUGCUAGAAACUUCAAGCGACAUCUAUCCGACUACAGAUGUCGCUACGGACGAUUAUUUUAUGACGUUGAAUGCAUCCCUGCAACGCUCCGACAGUUUGCCAUCAGAAGAUGGCUUUGAUUUUGAGAAGUUCUUAGAAGAACGUGUUAAAUGUCUCAAGGACACUAAAGAUAAACUUUAUUCGAGUGAGGAGAGUCUUGAUGACACUUCCGAAACGGAAAGGAUAAAAUACGCAAGAAAGAACAGCGUUCGUGCUUUAGAGAUUAUCCAAGAAAACUCGUUGAUCUUACACAGAAUUUUACAAUGUCAAAGUAGACUCACGCCUACGCCACCACCAUACGAGGAUUUAGAUUCGAAUAAAUUAGAAAAUGAUUUGCAAGAUGGCGGUGAAAAACUUACUCCUACCACGCCAACACCGACAAAUGAAAAUCAAGGAACAUUAUUACUAACUGAUUUUACUUCUAAAAAUAAUGAUGACGUUGAAAACGAGCAAGAAAUAAUUGAAAUUGACGUUAAAACUCCUGAGAAAUUAAAUGUUUUCCGGCCUUAUGGUGAUUUCACUGAGUUUUUGCUUAAAUAUCAAAGUAAAACACCGGACGCUAUUGAUGUAGUAGAUAUUGAAAACAAAUUCAGUGAUUUUGAAGUUAAAAAAUCCGAAAGCAAUGAAUUAACAGAUUUACCUUCAAAUUUAGUUGACGAAGAUGAUACUCCUAAAAAUCAUACAGAAAAUGAUUCCCCUGAAAAGUUUCUAUUUGAGUUUGAAGAUAAAUUACCUAUUACACAAGAUUUGCAGCUGGAAUAUGCUCCUGUUGAUGAUUUAACCUCAUUCUUUAAUAACUCCAACUACGAUUCAGAAACACAAGAUAAAGCAGAAGAUAACAUUGAUAUGUUUGCUUCGGAAAAUUUAAUCGAAAAUUUAACCAAUGUUGACAUAGAAACCGAUAAAAUUGAGGUUAGAGAGAAUAUUGACGUGGAGGACGACGAUGCCACUUACCUGAAUCGACUGAUAAGCAAAUACAAUUUUAUCUCGAAGCAACAUGAGCACGAGGAUCCACUCAACAUACAAAGCGAGGAAAAAAAAGACGAAAAGGACGAAAGGGAUAAAUUGAACCGGGCGAAUGAAAUUGACGAGACAGAUGAAAGUACUCAUGUAAGCAGAGACGACAGCACACUGGAGUUUAGUAUUGCCGAUAUUGAGAUACCUGCCGUUAGUGCUAUCUAUCGUCCAAUGGCCGCGACAAACAUUGUCGAAGUGGAUUACAAUCUGGAAAAGUACCGACACAAGUUGGGGUCGCCGUUAGCCGACACCGAGAAUAAAAGUGAACCUACAACUGAGACUACGCAAGCAAUUCUAACCACAACAGACCUCGAUGAAGAUGAAGAUCUCAUCGAAAUCGGCAAAAACUCGAAAUACAAUUCAAUACUUGAAUACAGCCGCAAUCUCGAUGAAAAGUUUAAUAAUUUGAUUCUUAAGAGUCCAAAACUGUCAAAAUUACAAAAAUCAGAGAGACUUAACCUAAAAGGCAACUACAGUUUGGACCUACCUUUAGAAAAUGUUGACAUUGAUGGAGGACGCCAUUUUGAAGACGCUAGUGACCUCACUCCGAAAGCAUCGCAUUCAUUUCAAGAUUUCACAGCUCUUACAAAGUCUGAUAUUGAUUUAUCUCCUAAAAUGGCUUCUUCUUCCUCGAAAAGUUAUAUUAUGACAACUGAAGUGGAUCAACAAGAAGAUGUCGCCACUUCAUACGCGUCAACAAGAAACACAAUGGAUGUUGAUGUGCUGAUAGAGAGUCCUAGUUUAAAAUCGCCCAACCGGAUCUACAAUCCGUUUCCGGUGAGUAUUAGUUCCAGGCAGAGCAAGGAAGUGCCGUUUCGAUUAGGCCUGUAUAAAAAAUGAUAAAAACGGAACAUAACCUAAUUUGAAUUAAUAACAAAACCAACAAAUAACAUAAGCAUAGUUUUGUGAUGAAGUCUGCUUGAUAUUCAAGUAUUUUUGACAGCUAAUAACAGCGGCAGUAUUAAAAAAAUCAAAAGUCAGAUUACAGCAAUCUGUUAUUCGCAAAAUUCUAAUAAACCCCAAGAAAGACAUAACCUCACUCUGCACUACAUCUACAUCUAUAUUUAUAGAUAAAUAUAACAAUUAGUAUAAACAUAAUAAUAAAUAAUAAUAUUAUUAUUAACAUAUAAAUAAAUUAUGUAAAUAUAAUACAUUAUUACAUUGACGAAACUGUGAUUUUACGAGGCGUUACUUACUACUAAACUGAAAAUGAUGAAGAUGAUGAUGCAAAAUUCUGUAAAAAAUAUGUAUGUGAGCGAAUGUUUGAAGAAUUGUCGUGCCACGUCCUUUCGAAUAAUGUUAAAGAAACAAAACGCGAAAACACAAAAAAGCAAAAUAAAACACAAGCAGUAGAAGUAAUAUACGAUGAAUUAAAUUCAAAGUAAUAACAAAAGAAAUAUAUUCUAAUAUUUACCUAUUUAAUUAUUACUUACCGCGAAUUGAUAAAAUACAAAUAAACAAUUAGGAAAUAUGUAUAUUGUGCAAAAUAUGUAUAUUAUGAAAAGAGAAACCAAACUUGUUGAAUAUUAGUAAUACAUAACAACAACCUUUGCGUCAAAUCUGCAGGAAAUGAUCAAAAUAAACCAUUCAUAAAUAA